UAAAAAAGUUGGAAAAGUCUGCAACAACUGGGAUUUUAAUAUUAUGCGUCGUUUGUCAUAUAACAUAAUUACUUUUUAAGAAAUUUAUUUAAUUCUGAUCAUUUGCUAUUUUUUACUCGCUGUCAAUAUGAUUCACUAAAAACAAUGUGUACAACUAAUAGAACAGAACGCUAUCUUCUAAUAAAAAGACAUGAUUCAUGCCAUUUCAAUUUAACACCUAACUGCCGUGCCAUAAAUGAAAUCAGAGAUCUUGCAUUUUGAUAGUUCUUUGAUAAUAUUGGGUAAACAUUAUUUUCAAUUGACUCGAAGAACUUAACUAUGCCUUUGGUAAACAUGAAAAAAGCAAGUAAGGCAGCAAACAAAUCGUCCAGUAAAGGAUUCACUGUCCGGGUUAUCACAAUGGAUGCUGAAUUGCAGUUUGAAAAUAUUGAGAUGAAAGCAUAUGGACAAGAGUUAUUUGAACUUGUCUGUAGAACUAUUGGCUUGCGAGAAACAUGGUUCUUUGGACUGCAGCAUCAGGAUUCAAAAGGAUAUAUUGCAUGGUUGAAAUUUGAUAAAAGGGUUUUAGAUCAAGAUGUCUCUAAGGAAUCACCAGUGACAUUCACAUUUCUAGCCAAGUUUUACCCUGAAGAUGUAGCCAAUGAACUGAUACAAGAGAUCACACAGCAUCUGUUCUUCCUGCAAGUGAAGCAGUCAAUCCUGAACAUGGAUAUAUACUGCCCACCAGAGGCCUCUGUCUUACUAGCUUCAUAUGCAGUACAGGCAAAGUAUGGAGAUUAUGAUGAGACUACGUAUGAGCCAGGGAGACUUGCAAGUGAAGAUCUGCUGCCUCAGAGAGUCAUUGACCAGUACCAGAUGACCCCUGAAAUGUGGGAGGAGAGAAUCAAAACAUGGUAUGCUGACCAGAAAGGAACUCCAAGAAGUGAAGCUGAGAUGGAGUACCUUAAGAUUUCUCAGGAUCUGGAGAUGUAUGGUGUGAACUACUUCAAAAUCGCUAAUAAAAAGAACACGGACUUAUGGCUAGGCGUAAGUGCAGUGGGAUUAAAUAUCUAUGAAGGCGAAAAUCGACUCAGUCCUAAAAUUACUUUUCCUUGGAGUGAAAUAAAAAAUGUCUCCUUUAAAGACAAAAAGUUUGUCAUCAAGGCUAUUGACAAGAAGGCCCCUGACUUUACAUUCUAUGCGCCAAAGAUCAGAAUAAACAAACUGAUCCUGGAGUUGUGUGUGGGUAACCAUGAGUUGUUCAUGCGGCGAAGGCGGGCAGAUUCUAUGGAGAUUCAGCAGAUGAAGGCACAGGCUCUAGAGGAAAAACGGAGAAAACAGGGUGAACGUCUACGCUAUGCAAAGGAGAAGAAGUUAAAGGAGGAAGCAUUGAGGGAGAAGGAAGAGCUGGAAAGGAGGCUGGCGCAGAUGCAGGACGACAUCAGACAGGCCCAGGAAUCUCUUAUGCGGUCAGAGGAGACGGCAGAGCUGUUGGCAGAGAAGGCACGUAUAGCUGAGGAGGAGGCUUCACUGCUGACCCAGAAAGCCUCCGAGGCAGAGGCAGAGAACAACAGAAUCAGGAUCUCGGUCAUGAAGACAGAAGAUGAGAAGGAAAUGAUGAAAAUGCAAGUCAACGAUGCUGCGAUGGUGAUAACUAGACUGCUUGAUGACUCGGAACAGAGAAAACGUGAGGCAGACAUGUUACGUCAUGAACUACACCAGGCAAGAAUUGCUGAGAAAAUAGCAAAGGAUAAACUGGUGGAGUUAACAAGAGGACCUGACAGGGCCUACAGUAUUCACAACCUAACCUCUGACCUGUCUAGUCGCCUGACCCUGCUGGGCGCUGACCCUGGUCUCAAUGAGUCCUGUACGGAGGCCAGCUGUGAGCUGCUUGUCAAUACAGACAUGGCCCAGCUGUCAUUGGAGCUGGAACAUGAGAAGGUUGAAUACACAGAGAAGUCGCGCCACCUGCAAGAGCAUCUGAGGGAACUCAAGUCUGAGAUAGAGGUGCUCAAGAAGGAGGACGCGGAGUACUCACUGGACCACCUGUACCAGGCCAGCAGGAUGUUUGGACAGAACAAGUACUCCACACUGAGAACUGCUUCAUCAAAUACAACUCGUUCAAGGGUAAAUAUGUUUGAAGAUUUAUGACAGCCCUUUGUUCCACCAUGAUUGGACAGACUUGAGCAUUUACAGACACCAGACUGUGUGACAUCUCUACAAUGACGUGCUUAGACAUGCUGCACAUUUUGAGAGCUCAAUGAUGUGCACAGAUCUCUAUGUAGUGUUGAAUAUUUCAAUCUACAUGUAAGAUCACCAAAAUCAAGCUACUACAUGGUCUGCCUGUGCUUGUAUAGCACUGUGUUGAGGUGUAUUGUGACCAGCUUUGAUGCUUUUAACUGCUGGUUGUUUUAAAAUGUUGCAGCUUUUUUGCAUCAAACUUCCCAAUUUGAGGAAAUACAAUUUUUAGACUGGAAAUUGGUGACACAUGCCUUAUUAUUACACUGAUGGUAAACUUGAAAUGAGCUGGUCUGUGAGAAGACUGAUCCUAAUACCUGUGCCUAACUCUUUCAGUGCGGGAACCGAAUUUUGAAGGC